AUGGGUUUGGUAUUUAGGAGUAAUGGAAUCUUGUGGUCUAUUAGUCGGGUUGGUGAGAGGCCUAAAGGAAGGCAGAAUAGGUGUUUGUAUUGGGAUAAGAGGAAGAUGAUUGCAAGGAAAAUGAAUCACCCUAAUAAUCAUGCGAAUGAUAUUGCUAAUCCGGAUGAUAAUGCUAAUCCGGAUGAGAUUGUUGAAAAUUAUCAUACUCCGUUGUGGAAGUAUGUCAAAAAGCUCGAAAAAGUGGGAAAAAGAGGAGGAGGGAAUGCUGAAUUUAAAUGCAAUUAUUGUCAGAAAACUUACAAAGGAUCAUACUCUAGGGUCAAGUUUCAUUUGUUAAAAAUGGCUGGAAACGGGGUCGCGCCUUGCAGCAAGGUUACUGAUGAAAAUCUUGCAGAAAUGAAAAAGUUAAUUCGAGAGUGUGAAUAUAAGCUGAAGAGUUCUGCUCUUAAGAAUGUUUCUUUGCCCAAUACUGGUUCUUUCUGUUAUGAUCUACCCGAAGUGAAUCUUGAUCCAAAGAAGAGAAAGGGAACAAGUGUGCCUCUUAGUAAAGCUUUUAACAAGGAAGCUCGAGAUCAGUGUGAUGCUGAAGUUGCAAGGAUGUUUUAUACAGGUGGCUUAUCAUUUAACCUUGCAAGAAAUCCGCACUAUCGAAACUCAUAUGUUCGAGCUUCUACACUUCCAGGGUAUGUUCCACCAGGUUACAAUGCACUACGGACUACUCUUUUGCAACAAGAGAAGAGUCACAUUGAGCAAUGCCUCCAACCAAUCAAGCGCACAUGGAGCACUAAAGGUGUAAGUUUGUGCAGUGAUGGGUGGACAGAUGCACAAAGGAGACCACUUAUUAAUAUUAUGGCAACUUGUGAAAGCGGGCCAAUGUUCUUGAGGCCAAUUAAUUGUGAAGGUGAAUAUAAAGACAAGCAUUGUAUUGCCAACUUCCUUACAGAAGCUAUUAAAGAAAUUGGUCAUGAAAAUGUUGUUCAAGUGAUCACUGACAAUGCUCCUGUCUCUAGAGCUGCUGGGUUACUUAUUGAGGCCCGCUAUCCCCAUAUCUUUUGGACACCCUGUGUUGUUCACACUCUUAAUCUUGCUUUGAAGAGUAUAUGCUCUCCGAAACAAACAGAUGUUUCGUACGAUGACUGCAAUUGGAUUUCAACUAUUGCUAGUGAUGUUUGGUCCAUAAAAAAUUUUAUUAUGAACCAUAGCAUGAGAUUGUCUAUGUUUAAUGAACAUUGCAAACUAAAGUUGCUCUCCAUUGCCGAAACAAGAAGAUUUAAGGAAGUAAAGGAAGGUUUACAACAAAUGGUGAUUAGCCCGAAUUGGGCUUUGUACAAAGAAGAUGAUUUGGUUAAAGCAAUGACGGUGAAGCAAAAAAUAUUGGAUGAGUACUUUUGGGAGAAGAUUGAUUAUAUUCUUUUCUUUACAGCUCCAAUAUAUGAGGCUAUUAGAAUGGCUGACACAGAUAAGCCUUGUCUUCACUUGGUGUAUGAGUGGUGGGAUGUUAUGAUUGAAAAGGUGAAAGCUGCUAUCUAUAGGAAUGAGCGCAAGGCAUUACAUGAAAAAAGCAGCUUUUUUGAUGCGGUGUAUUAUAGUUCAGAAUGGCUCCAAGAAGACCCUAGUCAGAUUGCUCCACACCGAGAUGUUGAGCUUACAACUGAAAGGAAAAAGUGUUUUGAGAGAUACUUUUCCAAUGAGGAAAUUAGAAGAAGUAUCAAUGUGGAGUAUGCCUCUUUCUCUAUGUGCUUGAAUGACUUUGGAGCUAUUGAUUCUAUGAAUGAUAGGUUUCAUUUGGAACCAGUAAUGUGGUGGAUUGUCCAUGGAGCUUCUACACCUAGUCUCCAAUCCAUAGCGUUGAAGCUACUUGGACAACCUUGUUCCUCCUCUUGUUGUGAAAGAAAUUGGAGCACUUACAGUUUUAUUCACUCACUAAGAAGGAAUAAACGUUAUAUGGGUUAUGCGCCUGAUAUUGCUUCCUAUAAAACCUUGGUCAACGACUAUAUAAACGUUAACAGAAUCGGUGAAGCUUCGAGGCUUGUUGAAGAAAUGAUCCAAAUAGGAUUGAUGCCUGAUCUGGAAAUGCAACAAACUUUGGGGCGUUUUCGUCGUAAAAGCCAGAUUGGAUUAGCGGGGUAA